UAGACUGGGGACGAGAGAGAGAGAGAGAGAGAGAGAGAGAGAGAGCGCGAGGCACGGAGCGCGAGCAGGCUGGCUCUCAGACUCCUCUGCACGCAGUCAGAGUGAACUGCGGGGGCAGAGCGAGCGGGUUGCUGCAGUCCUCGACAGCGGAAAGAUCCUCAAAUAAGGAUUUCUUUUUUUUUUAUCGAGCUGUAUCGACUCACAACUCCCGCUUUUGUUUCAUUUUCGCCUCCUGCUUCGUUCUGGGAUUCAACAAACGGAACUUUUCGCUUCUCUGGAGUUUGGGGGGGCCGUCUCUUUCAGUUAUGGACAGUCGGCGACCCGCUGCAGGGAGCGACUGGCCGGUGUUCACUCAGUAGUCGCAGGAAUAAAACUGUAAACUCGCCGUCUGGGACUUUUUACUGGAUGUUUGAUGAAGCGCUUCGCAGUUUUGGUCAGUUCUGGGACACCGUGGAUUUACCAGGUUCAGGAACGGAUAGAUACUCGCGAUUCCCGGGCGACGACAAGAAGGAUUUACGCUUCUAAAGUUGCAGGAAAAACAUGGAGACUGUAAGUCGGCAGAGCUUCCAGCCUCAUCCGGGACUGCAACAAACUCUCAAGCAGUUUCACCUCAGCUCUAUGAGCUCUCUGGGCGGACCGGCGGCUUUCUCUGCCCGGUGGCAACAUGAGCUCCUCUUCAAGAAGGACGGCAAGGAGCCCGAGCCGGUUCUGCAGCAUCUGCCGCCGCCGGUAAUGCCGGGCCCGCUGUUCAUCCCAUCGGACCGCUCCACGGAGAGGUGCGAGACGGUGCUGGAAAGCGAGACCAUCUCGUGCUUCGUGGUCGGCGGGGAGAAGCGCCUGUGCCUGCCGCAGAUCCUCAACACGGUGCUGCGGGACUUCAGCCUGCAGCAGAUCAACUCAGUGUGCGACGAGCUGCACAUCUACUGCUCCCGGUGCACGGCGGACCAGCUGGAGAUCCUCAAAGUCAUGGGGAUCCUGCCCUUCUCGGCGCCGUCCUGCGGCCUCAUCACCAAGACGGACGCUGAGCGGCUCUGCAACGCCCUGAUCUACGGAGGCGCCUACCCGCCGCGCUGCAAGAAGGAGCUGAGCGGAGGCUCGCUGGAGCUGGAGCUCACCGAGAGGAGCUUCAAAGUCUACCACGAGUGCUUCGGCAAGUGCAAGGGCUUGUUCGUGCCGGAGCUGUACACCAGCCCCAACGCAGCGUGCAUCCAGUGCAUGGACUGCAGACUCAUGUACCCGACCCACAAGUUCGUGGUGCACAGUCACAAGGCGCAGGAGAACAGGACUUGCCACUGGGGCUUCGACUCGGCCAACUGGAGGGCGUACAUCCUCCUGGGCCAGGAUUACACGGGGAAAGAGGAGAAGGCCCGUCUGGAGCAGCUCCUGGAUGAGAUCAAGGAGAAAUUUGACUUCGCCAACAAGUACAAGAGGAAAGCAUCGUCCAGGGUGUCUGAUCCCAUCCCGAUCAAAAAGUCCAAACAUGAAGACUUCCCAUCGCAAUCCCCGCUGGCUGACAAAGAGAAGCAGCACGACUGGCUACAGUCCCUGUCCGCCUCCAAUAAGGGGCUUAACUGCAUUCAGCCCAGACAGAGGCCCUCAGCUUUCAGACCCUGGUCCCCCCACCUCUCUGCUGGUGAUAAGGAGCCCUCCAGUCACCCCCUGGCCCUGCUGAGAGACAGCUUCUACAACUACAAGAGCCUGGAGAAAGCUGUGGCCCCCAAUGUUGCCCUUACACCGCUGCCCCUGGGGAAGGUGGGUCCCAUGUCCCCUUCGGUACCCAGCACCUCCCACCCAAGUGGAGGCGAACCCCCAGGUGAGGGUGCCAACGCCAACUUCAGGCCUCGCAAGAGAAGAGCCACAGGGGAGCUCCCGCCCCCAGCGCCAGAGGCCCCUUGCCCUCCGUCCUCGGCUGCCAGCAAGCCCCAGCCGCCUCAGGACGACAGGGACUCUGAGGUGGAGAUCGAAGUGGAGAGCCGUGACGAAUUCACUUCGUCCCUGUCCUCCCUGUCGUCACCAUCUUUCACCUCGUCCAGCAGCUCAGCCAAGGACUUGAGCUCGCCAUGCGCCCAAGGUCCCAUCUACACUGUCACGUCGGCCGAGGGCACGGCCCCUGCAGCCGUAUCCGUCGCAGCCCCCCUGACCCCUCCAGAGCUGGGGCUGGAGUCAGAGCUGGAGAGCCUGAGGCAGGCGCUAGACAGCGGACUCGACUCCAAAGAGUCAAAGGAGAAGUUUCUGCACGAGAUUGUUAAGAUGAGGGUGAAGCAGGAGGAGAAGUUGGGAUCGGCCCUGCAGGCCAAACGCAGCCUGCAGCAGGAGUUGGAGUUCUUGCGUGUGGCCAAGAAGGAGAAGCUGCGGGAGGCGACCGAGGCAAAGAGAAACCUGAGGAAGGAAAUUGAGCGUCUGCGAGCCGAGAGCGAGAAGAAGAUGAAGGAAGCCAACGAGUCACGGAUCCGUCUGAAGCGGGAGCUGGAGCAGGCCCGACAGCUGAGGGUCUGUGAUAAAGGCUGCGAGGCAGGGCGUCUUCGCGCAAAGUACUCUGCACAGAUCGAGGACCUCCAGAUGAAGCUGCAGCACGCCGAGGCCGACCGCGAGCAGCUCCGAGCUGACCUGCUGCAGGAGCGGGAGGCCAGGGAGCACCUGGAGAGGGUGGUGAAGGAGCUACAGCAGCAACUCUGGCCCAAAUCCAACUGUGACAAGGAGGGGACGCCCAAGGACAUGCCAGCUGACAACUAACCCAGGAGCCAACCUCAACACCCAACCAUCCCCCCCCCGCCCCAUCGCCAUGAUCCCCAACAUCUUCUGUCCAACUCAGACCAUAAACACGCCCAGGAGUCCUGGGCCUGCCACAUCGCACCACUGUCCGUCACGCUCACCCUCCAGAACACAAAAAUAAAAGACAGAGAGAAGAAAUGAGGACCUGUGUCCUUAUCCUCGCCCAUGAAAAGUCAAGUGAGUGGUUUCCUUGGAGAAUGACUGGAAACAGCAAAGUACGAUGCUGCAACAAGGAAACGCACGUUUCUAAAUCAAGCACUGACUCGCACCUUCCAAACUCACAGAACUGAAAACUGGAUUGCAAAGGAUGAAAGAAAAUCAGAUGUUUAGCACAAAAUAUGGCUGUGCCUGUAUUUUCUCUGACAAGAAAGUGGGGUGAGACUUCUGGACAGACGUCUGUGAUGAUAAAUGCUGAAAGAUGAUCAGAUUAUAUUAGAGUUACACAGCUGUUGAGAGGUGUUAUAGCAGUGUGGCCAGGAGGACAGGGCUCACAUUUAACCCACAGUUACCGGAAAAAGUCUCCACCGCGUCCCUCGCCAUGACGAAGAUGGAGGAUUUUGAACACAUUAUAAGCUAUUUAAGAGACUACAUAGCGAUAUGUAAAGAAAAAAAGACGUUUCUUUGAUUCUCUGUGCUAUUGGAGUUUGAAAAUAUAAAAGAUACAAAUAAAUUAGAAGAUGAACAAAACAAGCAAAUGAACUUUCCACAGUGCCACCGUGGUUUUGUCGGUUUUUCAGGAAGCCAUCGCAGUCCACUGAGGGGAAAAGCAUCAAGUUCGAAGUUCAAGCGACCUGUCUUUUCCUCCCGUUGUUGUUGUUGUUUUAUGAAAUCAUUUAUUUCUAAUCUCUCCGAGCUGUGGGUGGGCUUGCAUUCGGGUUGAUAUUUUUCUCUCUUUGGAUCAAACCCUGGAUUGGGAAUUGGAAAUAAAAACACGCUGUGUUAAAGGCACCUUUUUUGGUGAGCACUCUUUUUGGACGAUCAAUAACAAUUUCCUCCAGUCUUUGUCUCAGUGUUGCUCCCACUAAGUCCCACGCAGACACUGGUUGCCAUGUGUUAUUUUAAGCAUUUGGGUUAAAACCCUGAAGUCUUUAUCUUCUAAAGAUAAAAUACUCCAGAUGUGAGCGUGGCCUUGUUUUCUCGUCUCGUAACAUUUGAGUGAUGAAAGCCGGCAUGUUUUAACUCCAGUUGACAGAACCAUCAUGUGUGAAUCAGAGUGGGCUGGAUGGGGCACCCUUGGCAAGAACCACAAAAUGUUCAUUUUAAUUAAAUUAAGGUAUGUAAAUAUAAAUAUAUGUUGUUGGGUUUUUUUAACUUUACAAUAAUGAAUCGCACUUUGUCGUAACAAAAUACUGUUAUAAUGCAUUGUACUCCCACUAUUGUCUUCAAUCUUACUUUGAAAACAUCAUCUUAUACAUAACUGCUACCAUAUAAAUCCAGUAAGCAUUUUGUUGAUGAUAUGCAUCUCGAAUAAAUACUGUUGUUCUGUUUUCUUAAGGCAAAGUAUUGUAAAUAAACGGAAAGAAAAAAGGCUCCACUUGUUGCUUGCUGAUGCAGUCUGGGAUGGUUUGAAAGUUUUGGGAAACGCAUUCUCCCAUUUUUUUGUAAUAUAACUGACACAGAUGUCGCUCGAGCGCCCGGUUACAACUCAUAACAAAUUUGACAAAACUUGGUUAACAACAUGCGUCGGUAAGGUGAACUGUUAUUCUAGGAGCCUGGACAAAAACACAAAGUCACAUUCGAAGAAUAAAAUCCAAUUUUAUUCAAAAGGCAGAGGCCAUGAAUCUGCCAUCACACAGUGGGUACAAUGCAAUCAGAAUGUACAUUGUGUUAAUGCUAUUUUUCCUUUGGUUGUUGAUGUUUUAAACGUGGAGAUAUUUUAUUGCUUGUCUGUUAUGUUCACUUUUUUCAAUAGACAACUCAUAUUUUCUUUAUGCAUGAAAUUUGAGAAAGUUUGCCAUACAUAUAGUCAGUUAUUGGGCAUUGAUACUGUACAUGUAAGGGUUUUAUUGUGUUAUGCAAUAUAAAGCAAUUUGUCUUAUUUAGAAGAGGAAAAGCAAAUUAAAAAAAAGCAACACACCGUAUAUUGUUCUUAGGUAAAAACUUCACACUUGCAAAAAACAAAAGACAACAAAAAAAGAAGACAUUUUUUAAAAAAUGCAAUGCUGGACAACCUCAAGUGCCUGGACGUGGGCGAAAGGUUUCCAGAGUAGGAACACUGAUGAUGAAGCUGUUGGGGCUGGGCCUCUCAUCGACUUCCUGUUUGCAGGUUUCAAAUUAAAAGCCCCUCCCUUGCUCAGCAGCUCUUUUUAUCAGUAUUCCUAAAACCAACCAGUUUACAACCUUUUUUUCUUUUUCAAUGCAGAGAACAAUUGAACAAAUGCUAGACGCUUUUCUGAAUGAGUGCUUUUUUUUCUUCAUUUGAAAUCAAUGAUAUGCAUGUUCAAACAAUUUUUAUAGAAGCUCUUGAAAAGCCACUUGCUUCGGUAAAUUGUUACUUUGGUUUGUAUAUAAAGAAUUAACUGUUUAUUCCCAGUUUGUUGACUUGUCCUGAGGCGGACAUGGCGAGGAUAAUACAGAGGGCAUUAUGUUAAAAGCCCUUUUCUUAUCUAACAUUACUGAUGUUGCUCUGAGAACGACACUGCGUCUGCGACUUUGGCAGACCUAAAAUUGGUACAUUUUGUAGUUGUUUUUACACUCAAAAGAGUUGAUAGCUUAUGUGUAGUUUACUUUACUCAUGGUUUUCUACAAAAGAAGGGAGACAAUAACGACAUUGGCUCUUCGCUCUCCCGCGCAAAAAGAAAAAAGCAGUUUAACAACGUCUCGUUUUCUAAAGGAGAAUCAUUUUGCUAAAUAAUGGACAGUAAAGCAGCAAUAACAGUCCAUAUUAAUAGACAAAUACUAGCCAGUGUGAAGAUUUGAAUAAGAAUUUACAAAUGUAAAUAUUUUUUUCAUUUACAAUAUUGUAUAAUAUAUGUACAUGGUGUUUCCUUUUUCAAAAAGAAAUCUUUUCUUACAAUAGCUGUCUUGUUUUUUGUUUUUUUUUGAAUUUGUGUUUUAACUGAGAUGUUUCAAAAACAGUUAAUGCAGUGCGUAAGAGAAUAUUCCCUACAUAAACAUGUUAAUCCAUUUCUUUUCUUUCUUUUUUUUUUUUUACUGUAGAGUCUUUAUAUUGAAUGACUUUUUUCACCAGUUCAUAUAUAUUUUUAACAGUGUGUUCAGUAUCAGAUAGCAGACCUGCGGGUCACACACACGACCACGCCACCUUGCAGAUCGUCUCCCCCUCAUCCUCAUGUAUCUUUUUAGCCCUGUGCUGCUGCUAAUACUAUAUAAACCUUACAAUUCUAGAAAUAUUUUUAUGUAAGAGGUAAAUGUAAGCUUUCCCAUUUAUUAAUGCCACAUAUACAGUAUGAAAAAAAAAGCUUGGCUUAUCCAUCUAGCUCCCUUGUUUCCCUCAUCUUUUCACGCCCUUUUCCUCAUCCCUCCUCCAACAACGCCCUUCCCCUUCUCUCACGACACGGACUAUAUUGUAAAGUAAAGGACUUUAUGAGAUUAUGUUUGAAAAUAGCUAUGCUUAUAUACUACAGUGACUGAAUGUACAGUGUAUAGAUGCAUUACCAGAAAUAAAGUUGUUUGUCCAGA